ACAGGGUUUGGACUUUAGGACUCUUGACAUGUACUUGGCAAGGUUUUGCCUUGGAAUUAGAAAGAGAAAAUCUGGGGCAGGUGAAGACUAGGAGCCUUCAAUUUUAAUUGGCCAUGCAUCAAUGAUCAAGAGAUUCCCUGAAGGGAAGAAGUACAACAAGGACAUUAGUAAAGACAUAUAAUGUAAACACUCACAAGACACAUUGAAGGCCAAGCUGAUCCAACUGAAGAAGCAAGGAAAAGGCAACCUUCCCAAUGCAUCAGACCCACUGACAUCAUGGACACACAUCAGCUAAAAGAUCAAAGAGUGUUAGCCAUGCUGAUCCAGAAGGCCUUAUGUACACAUUAUACUUACAUAGUUAUGAACAAUUUGGAAUAAGAAGAGCAACAGAACAUCCUAACUUUAGAUGGGGACACAUUACACUGAAGAAUUUAAAUGGUCAGGAGAUUUUGGAACACACCAGUGAGCGUCAGACAAAGACUUUAGGUAACCAGCAGGUGUUAGCUGAGGGAUCGGUGUUGUCACCCCGACCCGGGGCACAGCCGUCCCCCAUGCCACAGCAAAUACGACUACCAAAUUCAGGUUCGAAUUUCUUUAUGCUUCCCCAACCGAUGACGGCUUUAGAGGCAUAUACCGCCUGCAAAGAAAAUAACAGCAUCUUGGCGUUACCUGGAAAAGACGAUAUUGAGACAUUGGAUACUGUCUUGAACAACACUGAAAGUCUUGGAGCUUGGACGGGGGAGUAUGUCGACUUUGCUCCUUGGGCGUUUGCUAAAGGUUGUUAUACAAUCUUCAAUACAUCGAGACACAACACAUCUUACAGUGGUUCGACUUGUUUUCAGUCCUGUGACAAGAAUCUUAAGGUAGUUUUUGUACGGGAAUCCGAGUGCAUUUGUGAUAUCAGCCGGGUGGAUACAACGUUAACGUCACUAUACAACUUGUGUAACAAACCCUGUAGCAGAGACGGAGGUGCAUGUGGUGGUGUUGGAAGAUUAUAUACAGAAUAUCUUGGAUGUAUGUAUUAUUCUUAUGUUUGUAUUUUUUAAUGUUUGUAUUUCAUGAUCGCCUCAAAAAUUAUAUACAUAUAGAAUAGCUAAGACAGCUUUCGCAAAUCCGGUAGAAACGGUCGAGAUGGCACUGAAAAUACUCCAUGAUAAACGAAUACAGUCGAACUGUCAGUGAGCCGACGUAAUAGGCAGAGCAUUUUACCAAGAUAUAAAAACACAGAAUAACAAAGACUUAUAUUAUUUAAUAUGAAAUUCAAAUCUUGAAAGAAAAAAAAAAUAUUAA